AUGGAACACGUGAAACAGUUCUUCGACGCCCUCGCCCACCACAGCGAGAAGGAACGAAUCCGGUCUGGCAGCCCGCGGCGUCCAAGAAAUCAGCACGAGGUCGACAUCCACGGCUUCGUGCAGGGCUGCAUGAGGCUCAGGGGUGCCGCCACCAGCUUCGACCUGCAGCUGGUCAUCCUGGAGAUUAAGGAGAUGGGCGCGGCGAGCCACAUGUUCCUCAACGAUAUCCACAAGCGUGUCAGGAGGCUGGAGGCCAAGGAGCUCUCACCCCAUGCCCAGGGGCCCGAGAUAAUGCGUAAGGUCAGCACGAUGAGCUCCGUGAGCGCCGCGGCUGGCGCUCCCGACUGCCUGUCCUGA